AUGCAUUUCUCUGUUGUAUUUCCUCUGCUGCUGUCUGUGACAAAUGCACAACUCCAUACUCUCGCCUUAGCAGCUGGUCUGGAAUACUUUGGCACUGCGACUGAUAACAUCGAACUUUCGGACGCAGCACUAGUCACUGCGCUUUCGAACCUGACAGAGUUUGGUCAGAUAACGCCUGGAAAUUCGCAGAAGUGGGACUCGAUCGAACCAAGCCCGAAUACCUUCUCUUUCGAAAAAGGAGACGCGAUCACAGCCUUAGGGGCAAAGAACUCACAACUUCUGCGAUGCCAUACCUUGGUCUGGUUCCAGCAACUACCAGUAUGGGUCCAGAACGGGACGUGGACGAAUGCGACGCUCACGGCAGCAUUAAAAAACCAUAUCACAACCACGAUGACACAUUAUAAGGGCCAAUGUUAUGCUUGGGAUGUGGUGAACGAAGCUCUCGAAAGUGAUGGUUCCUUCCGAGAAUCUGUGUUCUUCAAAACGAUGGGAGAGUCCUACAUCAAAAUCGCCUUCGAUACAGCCGCGGCUACGGAUCCAGAUGUCAAACUGUAUUACAACGAUUUCUCUAUUGAAAAUCCAGGCCCCAAAGCUACAGGAGCGCUCAAUAUUGUGAAAAGUCUCAAGGCAUCUGGAACAAAGAUUGAUGGUGUGGGAUUGCAAGCACACUUUAUUGUUGGGUCGACUCCUUCGAAAGCAGUACAGAUCAAGAAUCUUGAGUCCUUUACAGCUCUCGGUGUGGAAGUCGCGUACACAGAAUUAGAUAUUCGAAUGACGCUCCCGAGCACGGCGGCUCUUGAUGCUCAGCAGACGACGGACUACGAAAACACAGUUGCAGCAUGUGUUCAAGUAACUAACUGUAUCGGCGUUACAGUCUGGGACUUUUCUGACAAGUACUCAUGGGUUCCAAGCACAUUCCCUGGAACGGGAAGUGCUUUACCUUUCGACGAGAACUUGGUUCGAAAAUCCGCCUACUUUGGUAUUGUUGCUGGACUCACAGGUGCUUCGUCGAGUGUCUCCAAUACGACUGCACUUAGUAACAGCGCUCAAUUUGCAGCUGUCAAUAGCACGACGAGCAUCUCCAGAAAUGGAACAAACUCAGUAGCAACCAAUCCGACGGCUUCUGGACGGCCAUCAUCAACAGCUGGAGGCGAAAGGAAUAAUUCGUCUAGCCGGCCCAUCCAAGCGAACGACUCAAAUGUCCUAUCCAGUCAUUCGUUGCUUUGUUCAACAGGCUUGGCUGGAUACUUGUUUGUGAUGUUAUUUACUUAG